AUGAGGCGGCGGCUCUGGCACAGCUGGGCUGUGGCGUUGCGCAACGCGACGCGCGGCGCGACGGAGGCCGGCUGCGGCCGCAAGUGCUUCCGCGGAGAGGCAGCGCCCUGCGGCGAGGGGCGUGGGGUCGCCGCGGGGGCGAAUCAUGCUCAGUGGCAGCGUACGUUUGCCUCGCAGCCCGCGGUGGAUCAAGAGAGGCCGGACGCGCCGAAGUCGCCGGCCAGCAGCUGCUUGGUGCGGCUGGCGCGCCGACCAGAGGCCACGCUCCCCGAGGCGCUGCGGGUGUGCACGCCCGAGCAACUGUUGUGGGAGGACUUCGCCAGGCUACUCGACGACAUGGGCUGCCUCCCGGGGACGACGACGAACGACUUGACGAUCAGCCUGUCGAACGCGGCGGUCGUGACGGGGGAGGGUUGGCGCGCAGCGCAGGAGGAGUUGCAACGCGACGCGCAGCGGCCAGCGGGGCAGCGGCGGUACCCGCGGCUGCACGCGCCGGGCGUGCAGGAGCGCAUGUAUUAUUCCAUCAGGCGGGAGUGGGACAGUCUGGACCAGGCGCUGCUGAUCAUGCGCGAGAAGCUCCAGAAGCUGGAAGUGCGGGGCGUGCUGGGCACGACGGCGAUCGGUCGCACGCUCCUGGACGGCCUGUGCCGGCAGCUGGAAGCCGGGAUCGUGGAGAAGCAGCGGCAGGUCGCGGUGCACCCGCACGCUGCGAAGGGGUCGGCGUCGAGGGAGGCCAGCGUGACGGCGGCGGAGCUGGCGUUCCUUCAGCUGGAGCCCGGGGCGACGGCGAAGGUCACGGUCGUCAACAUCAUGCGGAGUUUGUAUUGCGACGGCACAAUCGACGCGCUGUUCAAUGAGGACAGAGGCACGGGCCUGGGCGCCAUGUGGUCGCUCAAGGGCGCAUCCGUCGCGCGCAAGGUCGCGCGGGAAAUCGGGGACGCCGUCCAGGCCCAGGUCCUCUACGACAACGUCAAACUCCGCGGGAAGGCCACGGAGACGACGCUCGCGCGGUCGCGGGAGCUCGCGGAGGACCUCAUGGCUCGCUUGAAGAACCUCGACACCGCCAUGGUGGAACACGCGCGUGCCCGGAACAAGCCGCGGAAGAAGUUCGAACGCUCCGCCCGCGGCUGGAUCGAGUCCGUCGCCACGGCUCUCAGCAGCCCGAACGUGAAGCUCGCGCAGCACGAUCUCAAGGCCGUGGGGACGAUCGUGGAAGCGUUCGGGGGGCGCGAGCCGGGCCAGCGCGCGCUGUCGUGGCGGAUGCAGGCGCUCAUGCGGAACCUGCAGGACGUGCAGCCGUGGUCCGAGACGACGAGGCUGCUGGUCGGGCUGACGCUGCUGGAGCUCGCGCUCAUGUCUCUGUGGCUCAAGGACGAGGAAAAGCCCGGCAGCAACAAGCCCGGCAGGCACCUGCGGGCGCCCCUGGCCCCUGUGGAGCAAGCCCUGGCCAUGCACGACCUCACGCCUAGCAAGUUCUUCGCCCCCGGCGGUGGCGCCGAGGACCUGCGUGCUGCGGGCCUUUUCCCCGCCAUUGAAUACGGAAAGCUCCCCACGUUCAAUGCCCACUUAUCGAGGCGUUUGUACGGCGGCAAUCCGUGUAUCUGGCCCACACAGGCCCUCCUGGACCGCCUUCACGACUACUUCGAGUCGGCCGCGUCCAACCAAGUUGUCCGGCCGCACAUGGUGCUGCCGCCCGUGCCGUGGACGCGGAGCAGCGGCGGAGGCACGCUUCAGCUGCAGACAGGCUUCAUGCUUUCGAGACGUGGCCCGCAGCAGGACAGGAUGCGGGAUGCCGACGUGCAGAUGCAGCGGCUUGAGACCGACUCCGGGCACCUGACAGAGGUUGCGCCCGGGGAGCUCGCGGACCGCGCCGCGGCGCUGCCGUACCAGGCGUACCGCGCAGUAAACGUGCUGUCGUGCACGAAGUGGCGCAUCAACCGGCUCGUGCUCGACGUGGCCGAGGCGCUGUGGAACGCCGGGGGGGGGGUGGCAAAACUCCCCCGCCGCUCCGAUCGGUACCCCGACCUCAACGUUCCCGCGCCCGCCAGGGACCGCUUCUGCAUGUUUCGAUCAGGGCAGCAGCUCGUCGCUACGCGCGGUCGCUGCCAUGAGGAGCUCGUUGCCUUCGAGGCCAGGUCGCAUGACGCUAAGCAGCAGGCGGGGGACUUCAGCGAAUCCUGUCAGAUGCGCGAGAUGCUCCGCUACGCAAACGAAGUCAGGGACCUCGAGUACUUCUACCAGCCACAUUUCGUCGACUUCCGCGGCCGCGUGUAUCCGAUGCACCCCCAUCUCAGCCAUGUUGGGCGCGACAUCUCCCGGGGCCUACUGCGCUUCGCGACGGCGCGGCCCCUCGGCCGCCAGGGCCUCGACUGGCUUUUGAUCCACGCCGCCAACACCUUCGGCCAGGACAAGCUCCCGCUCGCGGGCCGCCUGCAGUGGAGUCAGGACCGACUGGACGACAUGGUACAAGCCGCAAAAGACCCCCUCGCGGCGCCACGGUGGUGGACGCAGGCCGAGAACCCGUUCCAGUUCCUGGCCACAUGCGACGAGAUCCGCGCGGCCUUUGCGUCCGGCGACCCCACCGCGUUCGAGUCGUCGCUGCCCGUGCACCAGGACGGGUCGUGCAACGGCCUGCAACACUUCGCGGCGCUCGGGCGCGACCUCCCCGGCGGCGCGGCGGUGAACUUGGUCCCGGGCGACCGCCCGAGCGACGUCUACUCCGAAGUCGCGGUGCUCACGCGGGCGCAAGUGGAGCGGGACACGCAGCGGUCGCACCGCGACAAACCUCUCGCGGAGGCGGUGUUGCCCGAGGUGGACCGGAAGUUCGUGAAGCAGACGGUGAUGACGACGGUGUAUGGCGUGACGUUCAUCGGCGCGAAGCAGCAGAUCAACGCGCGCCUUCGCGAGCGCGGGUGGAAGGAUGACCACUUCACGACUGCGUGCAGCGUCUACGCCGCGCGGGUGACGCUCCAGGCCGUGGGGCAGAAGUUCAGCCAGGCCAAGUCGCUCAUGCGCUGGAUGGCCUCCUGCGCGGGCAUCGUGGCGAAGAACGGCGCGUUCGUCGCUUGGACAACACCCCUCGGGCUGACAGUGCAGCAGCAUUACGGGCGGCCCAGCGGGAAGGUCAACAUCCACGGUGGAUUCGCGUCAGCGCCCGCGGAAGUGCACAAGGGCUGGUCGAAACACACAUUUUGGAACGAAAGCGACGCCAAGGACAUGCAGGUAGACACGUCAAAGCAGAAAACGGCUUUCCCGCCCAACUACGUGCACUCCCUGGACAGCUCGCACAUGAUGCGCACGGCGGUCGAGUGCAACCGCCUCGGGAUCGAGUUCGCGGCCGUGCACGACUCGUUCUGGACGCACGCCGCUGAUGUGGACUCCAUGUCGCGCGUCCUCCGCGACGAGUUCGUGGCUCUGCACAGCGAGCCGCUGCUGGAGCAGCUGGUGGAGCAGCUGGCUAAGCAGGUGCCGGCAGGCGCGGACGCGCUGCCGCCGAUUCCGCCGCGUGGCGAGCUCGACCUUGACAGCGUGCGCGGGAGCACGUACUUCUUCUGCUGA